GAAUUCCACCUCAUGUUGAUACUCACUCUGCCUUUGAAGACAACAUCCUCUCCUUAAGUCUAGGCUCACAGGUGGUAAUGGAUUUUUAUUCAUCUGAAAAAGGAAGUGUUUCAGUUCUUUUACCUAAAAGGAGCCUUCUUAUAAUGAGUGGGGAAAGCCGCUAUGCAUGGAAACAUGGUAUUACACCAAGAAAAACAGAUAUUAUACCAAAUGAAGGUGAUCACCUAACUCUUUGUCAACGCUCUGAUCGAAUUUCUUUCACAUUUAGAAAAAUUCGUGAUGGAGAAUGCCGUUGUUCAUACAAAGAACUGUGCAAUUCUCAGAAGCAAACCAAGUCAUCUUCAAAAGAUUUGGUAAAUGAAGAAGGGGCAAAAGAACUUGAAAGCAAGUAUGUUCAAAAGGUAUAUGAAGAUAUAGCUGAUCAUUUUAGUGACACAAGGUAUAAACCAUGGCCUAAAGUACAAUCUUUUCUUAGCAAUAUCUCCCCUGGCUCUCUUAUACUAGACAUAGGAUGUGGAAAUGGCAAGAAUUUAGGUUUAAGUAAAAGUUGUUUUGAGAUAGGAUGCGAUGCAUCAUCAAAGCUUGCUCAAGUAUGUGCUCUUCGCAAAUCUGAAGUAUUAGUAGCCGAUUGUUUGAAAUUACCUUUUCGUGACAACUGUGCUGAUGUCAUUAUUUGCAUUGCUGUAAUACAUCAUUUAUCAACAAAGGCAAGAAGAGCAAAAGCAAUAGAAGAAAUACUCCGAGUACUUUGCCCAGGUGGUAAAGCAUUGCUUUAUGUCUGGGCUUUUGAGCAGGAAGGCCCUCAGGGUCCAUCAAACUAUUUGAAACAUAAUAAAUUAGUGAAAAACAUUGAACAAGAUUUUCUAAAAGGUGAAAAUACAAGCCAGCUACCAUCAACUGAAAUCCAGCUUAUCGAGGCUAAAAAGUCAAUAACAUUGCCCAUUCACAAAAACAGGACAAAUUUUGUAGAACAGGACUUGUUGGUACCUUGGAAAGAAAAUAACACAUCUAGUCAAGUGCCUAAUAGUGACAAAGGAACUAAAACACAUCACAGAUAUUACCAUGUAUUUGUUAAAGGUGAGCUUGAGUCAUUAAUUAUUGAAAAAAAUGCUAAAGUAAUUUUAUCUUACUAUGAUAAAGGAAAUUGGUGUGUGUUAUUAGAAAAAUAAUAUUUUUAAUGUUGUUAUUAAAAGAAAGUAUUAAAUUAUUUUUA